CUCCCUCUAUCCGUUCCCGACGUAACAUCGCCUAAGUAAACAGUGACUAAAGUUACUUCACGCAAGAUGUCGGCAGCGUCGGCUUUUGCAAAGAGCUUCUCUUGCAGUCUGAAGUUUAAUACAGCGCGUCCUUCACAGCUUCUGCAAAUACAGAACUCAUGCCUAACUUACAGAAGGCUGCUCGCCAGCAUGCAGCCAGGUGCAGAAGAUGUAAAACCACUUGAAGGCAUUAAAAUCUUGGAUGUCACAAGGGUUCUGGCUGGUCCCUUUGCAACAAUGAUACUGGGAGACCUUGGUGCUGAGGUGAUUAAAGUGGAGAGACCAGGUGGUGGUGAUGACACCAGGGCAUGGGGCCCCCCAUUUGUUGGGAGUGAGAGCGCUUAUUUUCUUAGUGUCAACCGAAACAAAAAGAGCAUUGCAAUAAACAUGAAAGAUCCAAGAGGAGUAAAGCUAAUUUUGGAACUUGCGGAAGUUUGUGAUGUCUUUGUUGAAAAUUACCUCCCAGGCAAGCUAGCCCAGAUGGGUCUGGGGUAUGAAGAUGUUCGAAAGGUGGCUCCCCAAUUGGUGUAUUGCUCAAUCUCAGGAUAUGGGCAGACUGGACCCAUGUCCCAUAAACCUGGGUAUGACUCCAUUGCCUCUGCCGUGUCAGGAAUGAUGCAUAUCACUGGGCCGGAGGAUGGGGAACCAGUCAGACCUGGGGUAGCAAUGACCGAUCUGGCGACUGGGCUGUACACACAUGGAGCCAUCAUGGCUGCUCUCUUACAGAGACAAAAAUCUGGGAGGGGCCUUCACAUUGACUGCAACCUGCUCUCCUCUCAGGUGGCGUGUCUCACCCACAUCGCAGCAAACUAUCUCAACGCUGGCAAGGAAGCUAGAAGAUGGGGUACUGCCCACGGGAGCAUUGUUCCAUAUCAGGGCUUCAAGACCAAAGACGGAUACCUUAUUGUGGCAGCUGGUAAUGAUCAGCAGUUUGUCAAAGUUUGCAAGGUUUUGAACUUGAACCAGUUGGCAGAAGACCCCAAAUACAAAACCAACAAGCUGAGAGUGGAGAACCGGAAAGAACUGUUGCAGAUACUGUCUAGGAGAUUCUCAGAAAAGAGCACAAGCGAUUGGCUGGGAAAGUUUGAGGAGACCGGUGUGCCCUGCGGUCCAAUCAACAGCAUCCAGCAAGUCUGCUCUGAUCCACAGGUUAUCCACAAUUGCCUAAUUCAGGAAAUGGACCACCCUACUGUUGGGAAUAUUGCUGUGCCAGGCCCAGCCGUGCGAUUCAGCAGCUUUAAGACCAGAGAGCCUUCACCCCCACCCCUGAUUGGUCAGCACACGGUGCAGGUUUUGCGGAACACUCUGAACUACAGUGAUGAUGCCAUAAAUAAGCUUCUCAAAGCAGGGACAGUCUCUCAGAAUGAGCUGCAGUAAAGUUCAGAUGCAGAGUGAGGAGAGCAUAUCACAACCCUGUGGGACCGUGUGGGUACAUCAGACUGUCUGAGAAAACCAUAUUAUAAAACCACACAUAAAUUCCAUGGUAAGGCUGUGUUAGAAUUUAAGGAAAUGGUAAAUGUAGCAUUACCUCUUGAACCCAUGGUACUUUGAAGAUGGACAUGGCUUUCUAAUUAAUUUGACUGAACAAGGCUUGGAGAUCAAAAAUAAGAGUAACAGUAAUAAGAUAAUAGCAUAAACAGACCAAAUGAAACCAUUUCCUGUGUCAUUGGGAUGGAAUUACAGGAUCACUUCAUUGUAUUGAGCAGAAUUUGCAGCUGUCUUUCCGUUUUCCAAUGAACUUGCUUCCUGCAGAUUUCAUGCUACUCUUAUUGAUCAGCUGAAUGUACCUUUGGCUGAAAUUUACUUGCUUUUUCUGGGAUUAUAGCUAUGUAGAUUAGAAGAAAAGAGAAUGCUAGACAAGCAUGUGGUACCAUAUGAUUGUCAGUCACAUCCAUGCUUCUAAAACAAUCGUUUUUUAAUAUUUAAAUGCCGUUAAUUUGGCAUUGCAUUGCAAAUUCCCUGUCAUCUUAAUAUCAUAUCAACUCCCAUAAAACCACCUCAUAUGUAUCAAUGAAUGUCAAGGUCUUAACAUUACGCUACUGCUGCAGUGUCAAAAUGGUAAGAUUUCACACCUGCAUGCAAGGUGUGCAUGUUUCCCAUUACAACUAGUGACUUCCAGCUGCUACUGAGCAUGCUAUGGUGAACUUAACUUACCCAUGAAAGUAGUCAACACAGCUAAAGUAACUUCCAGCUGCUUCUGAGCAUGCUAAGGUGACUUAUCUUAAUGGUUGUAAUGCACAAUAGUUAUGUUGGCUAUCGUUAUGGUGCACCUUCAGGUUGUGCAGAAUUCAAUGAGAACUUAUAGUAUACAUUCAAAAUACAGGGCAGGUGUCCAUGAAGAAUUGUAUCAUGAUUCUUUUUGUGUAAUUAAAAUGUGUUCAUUUCUAAGUGUCUGAUUUACUUGUAUUUACAGGGAAAAAAAUGUUUGAUUGAAGUGAGAUAUGAAGUAGAAUACAGAAUGUGUAAUUUCACUAUUGAUGCUCAGCUGUUUCCCAUUGGGGAUGU